UUCAGCAAAUUGCAGAUGAGCGAAAGUGAAAAGAAGGGCGGCUUCUCGCCCAAAAUGAGCGAUUCCUACAAGAAGAGGAGUGUUGAUUUCACGGAUUUCGCCUACAGGGAGGCCGUGAACAGGCUCAAGUAUCUCCUGGCUGAAUCCUACACGCCCAGCAAGAUGCACUAUCACCGCGACGACGACACCAGCUUCCAGUCUGCAGAGCGACCGGUGCUGACGGAGAUCUCCAAGUAUCUGCCGCCGUCCAGUGCGCUGGCGUACAACACGCGGCGACUGGACUUUCCGGGUGGCGCCAAAGAGAACUUUCCGCUGGGCCUGAAGCCGGCAUACUCGACAAGUAGCCUUCAGCAGUCGGAAAUAGCCCAAUUCGCUGACGUCAAUCCGCCCCCGCCUCAAGAGCUGAUGAAUUUCAUCGAGCGCCAAGAGCACUACAUCGAGCAGCUGGAGAAGGAGUCACAGUUCUGUCGCGAGGAGUUGGCCAAUUUGCUGUCCAAAGUGAAGAAUGUCAUCACGGAGAACGAGUCGUUGACGGAUCAGGCCAAGGUGGGACUCACGAGGAACUUCUUCAGCAGCCUGGACUCUUCCGAGAGCGAGGAGAACGAACAUGGGGACACCAAGAGUCUGCCGAUGAAGUACAAAAACACCUCAAUGGGGCCCAACAUUGUCUUCGAGUCGCGAAUCAGUGAACUAGAGGCGCAACUGGCUCAAGCGGCAAUUGACUUUAGGCGGCUCAAUGAGGAGAAUGACUGCAACAAGAGGAAGAUUGCCAUGGGAGCCGGCGAUGGUGGUUCUGCUGAGAUCUACAGGAAGCAGAUCGAUAAUUUGCAGAAGGAUAAAGCGUCUUUGGAGGAUUCGUUGAGGAAGUUCCAAGUGCAGAUCAAGGAAUUGAGGGAGCAGGAUUCCUUCUCGAAGGCGCAACGAGCACGAGACUUGACAGAUCAGGUGGUGUUCGAGAGGACGCAAGCGGACAUUGAGAUCCGGCGUCUCAAGGAUGAGCUGGAGCGGCAGCACGAGCGCGUGCGGGAGAUUCAGAGUGAGAUGGCGCGGCGCAUCUCAGAUGAGCGCACCAAUGCCGAGCGUCGCUACAAUUACCAGGUGGAUCAGCUCGGUGGGGAUUUGACGUGUCAGUGGGAGCAGGCGUCCAAGUUGCAGCUGGAGUUGGAGCGCCAGAAGCGCCUGGAGGUCGAUCAGAAGCGCGACUUGAUGCAGAAAGUGGCGCAAAUUGAGGAGCUCCGUGCGGAGAUCAAGAGCAAGACGGCUGCCUGGCUGUCGGACGUGGCGCAGAUGAAUGCGGAGAAGCAGAGUUUGGAGCAGGAGAUCACGUCCGUGAGGAUGCAGUUGGAGCGCGCGGAGAGGCAAGGAAAGGUGGAGUCGUCGCGCCUCAAUGCGGAAGUGAAUUCGCUGCGGCAGCGCCUCGAUCGAUCGGACGGCGACCUCUUGCACGCCCGGCGUGAGAAUCUCCGACUGUGCGACCAAAUUUCGGCACUGGAGAAGGAGAUUACACUCGGAGAAAUUGGACGCGAGCCACGGCCCAAGGAGAUGACGAAAAUCAUCACGGACAUGGAAGCAAAGCACGCAAACACCGUCUCCGAACUGGAAGGAAUGAUUCAUGAUCAGAGACAGCUCAUGGAAAAACUGACUUCCGAGUGCAAAAGCUUAACGCAAAAAUUAGAGGACACUUCAUUGAAACAUAAGGAGGAGAUAUCAGCUCUACAAGCAAAUGUAGAAUAUCUAACCACAAGAAUAAUGACUAAGAAUAGCGAUUUUGCAAAUAUCCCAAACACUGAUCACGUUGAUAUUGUCAAUCCCACCGAAGAGAUCUUUAACGAAGCCCAGUACGUGCAGGAUGCAAGUGACGCCCAGGCAGGAGAGUACCAGGUCAGAGAUAGCAGCGCAGCCGAUGUCGUCUCCCCCACUGGCGGCUCAGCCUCCCCAGAGCGAAGCUACACCAAGCAGCAAGAGUACGCCGGAGUGUCCGUGGAGCCCGGGCGAAUGGGGUACAGCUCCCCGCCACGCGGAGACAGCAAGCGCCCCAGCGAGCGAAUGGAGGUGGAGAAGAGUCGGAACACCCCAACACUCUCCCGCUCGGGAAGCCGACAGAGCGUCCUCGAGAGUCGAACCGAGGCGGCAGCCAGGAGCGGCGCCUCACGCGACGGAAGUCGCGCCCGAAGAGACGAUCCGGCGGCUGAAGGAGGAAAUGAGGAGAGAGCUGGAAGAGUGGAACCGCAGCAGUACGAUGGAGCGGGUGAACUGGGACAGUUUGGCGGCACGCCGGCAGCAAUGGAGUACGCCAGUGGGGGAGAUUAUCAGGCGCUUGGAGGGGAAGUCGCAGGAGAUACUUUCGAGCCUCAAUACGAUGCAGCCGCCUAUGGACAGGCUCAAUAUGAACAGUACGAUGCCCAACAGUAUGUGUCGCAGCCGGACUAUGGUGUGCAGUACGGGGAUCAGCAGUACCACCAACAGGACUAUGAUCCCAGUCAGUAUGUGCAGUACAGCGGAGACGGGUACGAUCAGCAGCAGCCCGGCGUCACGUUCGCAGAGGCCCCCGUCGUGUACGGGGGCGGAGCAGCGACAGCAGGAGCCGACGUGCAGCAACAGCAACAACAGCAGCAGCAAGUCUACGCAGAACCGGCUAAGGGCGCUGCAAAUGUGGGGAACGCAGAUGCCAGACAGCAGCCAGCAGCAGGCAAACUAUUGCCAGAACAGCCUGCCGCGCCAGUGGCCUCAUCUGCAGCGACAAGAAGCCCCGGCGGAGUAUCCAAUGGCGCAAAGUUCGCAAAGCGAUACCGACCAGCACUGCAGCACGAAGACAUUGUUGUACAGGCACAUGCCGAACAGCAGCCCGCCAAAGCCCAGGAUUUGCAGCGCGUGGAAUUGCUGCCAGCCCACAGCCAGCGCCACAAGCCAAAUUACCAGCGUGCGCACGGAGUCCAGCACCAUCCUGGUGGUAGCGGAGAUCUCCUUUGUCACGCUGAUGCCGGCGAAGUUGAAGAAGGCGAUGGAGAUCACGGUGCCGGCGAUGGCGAACACGAGCUGCCAAUUGUUGCGAAUCUGGAUCAGUGCGUCAACGAAGUCCUCGAGUGUGCCGCGUGCAUUGUUGUUGAAUGGCGGACCCACGUGGAUGUAGUAGAAGGGGAUCAACUCACCUGUAAUGACGUUGUUCCGGGAAUGCGCGAUUCCGCCGUCGUUGGCGAUGAAGUCCGACACGCCGACGAUGGCGAGACCGAUGAUGACAAAGACAAUGCCCGUCCACUCGCGCCCCUUGAGCACGCGAUUGAGGAAGGCCACACUGAGGAUACCCACGAAGAUGAUCACGGAACCCCUGAACAUUUGGAAGCUGGAUGCGUAGGUGAGAUUGAGCCCAAUGUACAUGAUAGACGUGGCGAUCAUGUCACACAUGGCGGGCACGAAGAGAAUAAAAGGAUUGAAGUCCCUGUUGCCCUUCGUGAGCUCGUGUGUGUCUUCAGAGCCGUCGCGGCGCCGCCUGAGGGGAGACGCAAGAGAUUCAUCGAUAAAAACAAUUCCGUGACCUUUCACGUGGUGAAUCGCAGUCAACAGGAUCCACUGAUUGCCGAUGAUAGUGCCCCACAGCAUGUCCUGGUGCAGGCGACGCCGGCAAAGGAGAAACGCAAGGAGGAGCAAACUAAGUACGGAAUCUACUUCGACGAUGACUACGACUACCUGCAGCACCUGCGCCCCCGAUCGGAGGUCGUGUGGGAGUGCCUGGAGGACUCGCGUCUUCAACUGCCGAGCUCCGUGUUCCCGUCGACCGUCGAGGAGGAGGAGGGCAUGCUGAACAAGGCCGCACCUGUCUUCGGGCCUCAGCCUCACUUGGAUCCCGACAUCGUGGCCGCGCUGGACGAUGACUUUGACUACGAGAAUCCCGCCAAUGAGCUGGAGGACGACUUCAUGGAUAAGGCGCUGGCUGAGGGUAGUGAAGAUGAUGAGGAAGAGUGGGAAGAUGAGGAGGAGGAGGAUGAGUUUGAAGUUGAGGAGGAUGACGAAAUCGAAGAGCUUGAGCAGUUCAAGAAGCAUAAAUUUGGCGGCGUCGAGACAAAGUCGCGCUUCACAGAGUACUCAAUCUCCAGCAGUGUGAUGCGGAGGAAUGAGCAACUCACGCUCCUGGAUGAUCGCUUCGAGAAGUUCAUGGCGAACUACGAUGAGUCGGAGAUUGGCGCGCUGGAUUGCGAGGAUCUGGAGGAGGGUGACUUCAACUACACCAAUGACAUGCUGAUUCAGCUGGCGACGAAGGGCAAGCUGGACAAGUAUGAGACGUACGACAAGGCGUGGGACAAGGAGCGCAUCCGGAAGAUGCAGGAAGAGGUCUCGGACGAAGAGAUGGUGGAGAUUGAAGUGGAGGACGAUGAGAAGCCCAAGAUUGACUGCGAAAGCAUUCUCACGGUCACUUCUGCACAGACGCACAAGCCCAGACUGAUUGAGAGCGCCAGGAGGAGCAAGAAGAUCGAGAUUGGCAGCAGAGGUAUUCCCAAGAAUGUCCUGGAUGGCGAAAAGGGACUCACAGUGGACAAAGUCAACAAGUUCAACAGCAAAAAUCUCAGGGAAGAUUCUUCCGCCAUGUCGGUGUGCGAGAGCGUGCGAUCCACACUGAGUGUCCUGUCUAUUCGGCCGAAGGAUGAGAGUCGGGAAGAGAAGAGGGAGCGUAAGAGGCUGCUGAAGGAGUAUCGUGCCGAGCGGCGCAUCGAGCGCAAGGCCAAUGAGCAGGCGUUUAAGGAGGAGAAGUUGCGUCAGGAUCGCCAACGUGCCAACACAGUGACAAAGACGCUCGUGUAAAGUUUCCUGUCCGCCUUUUAAUUCCUCACAAUGUGCAACUAUAAAGGUUGGUCUGUUGAAGGUGAAUAAAAUCCUGAUGGCCGGCA